GUUGAUGCUUCCUAGUGGAGUUGUGUACUGGGACCAUGCUGACGGUUAAGACGUGUUUGUCUAUGAAUGUGUGCACUUGCUCGAACCCUGAUCAUGUGCUCACGUUUUUCUCUACAUAAUCCAGUUAGAAUCACAGCCAUGUGUAAAGAGCCGAAGACUUCAGUGCUGAGGUUAUUACCGCCGUCUCAGAGCAGACAAACACCGGAUGGAGCACAAAUCCUCCACUCUGCAGUUCAGGCUCUAAAAGGAGGCCAGGUCAUCGCUGUUCCCACUGACACAAUCUAUGGCUUGGCUUGUCUGGCUCAGAAUUCAGACGCCAUCAAGAGAGUGUAUGAUAUCAAGGGCCGAAAUGGCGAUAAGCCAUUAUCCAUUUGUGUUGGAGAAGUGCAAGACAUAUACAAGUAUUGUAAAGUGACUGUAAAAGAAGAGCUGCUGAAUGAUCUCCUUCCCGGACCAGUUACUCUGGUUUUUGAAAGGUCUGAAAAGCUGAAUGCAAACCUUAAUCCAUUCACUCGGCUUGUCGGCGUCCGCAUCAUAGACCACCCCUUUAUGAGACACUUGUGUCAAAUGUGUGAUGAGCCACUUGCUCUAACAAGUGCAAAUCUCAGUACACAGCCAAGCACUCUUGCAGUUCAUGAGUUUGAGGAGCUGUGGCCAAGACUCGCCAUUGUAGUUGAUGGUGGCCCAAUAGCAGAUCAAAGUCGACUGGGCUCAACAGUUGUGGACCUCUCCGUACCUGACAGAUAUUGCAUUAUAAGACCUGGCUGUGCCUGUUCAGCCACAGUUGCUAUACUUGAGAAGAAAUAUGGGUUGGUGGAGGAUUCUUCCAGUUAAUAAACAUGAUUCUGUACUGUUAUUCCAUUUUAAGCUGAUCAUAAAAGCCUCUAUCAUGCCACUUUUACAGAAUAAUCGCUCUGUGCAUCACAUUUCAGACUUUAUUUCAGACGUUAGUGACGUUCCAGAGUAUGAUGCAUCUGGCUUUGUUGUUCAUAGGGAUUUUGUGGGUUUAUUUUUUAUUUUUUUUUUUUAUUUUAUUUUAUUUUUUUAACAGCUUAUGGAUGAUGUUUUGGUUAUCAAACAGUUUGUUAGCUUGGAAUAUAGGGAUAAUUUUCUCUGCCAUCAAAUUAAGGUAAUUAAACAGUCAGCUAAACACUUAACAGUGCCCAUUUUGAAAUUGGGAAAUGUAUUAUUUAUUUAUUGUUACUUUUAAUCAAUGAUAUUUUGACCCAGCAUAUUAUAAAUGAAAAUUAAUACGAAUUAAAUAUUUUAUUCACAUCUA